AUGUUUCUUCCUUACUACUCAGCUGUCUUUUUUCUUACCCUUCAUUAUAAUUUCCUCUUAUUUUCUUACCAUGUUCCUUUCCUUACUACUCAGCUGACUUUUUUUCUUACUAUGUUUCUGUCUUUUUCUUUUACCAGCUGUCUUUUUUCUUACCAUGUCAUUUUCCUUCAUUAUGAUUUUCUUCUUUUUCUUUUACCAUCUGUCUUUUUCUUACUCCUUCAUUAUUAUUCACUUUAUUUUCUUCCAUAUUUCCUUCCUUACUACUCAGCUGACAUUUUCUUACUAUGUUUCUUCCUUACUACUCAGCUGUCUUUUUUUACGCUUCAUUAUAAUUCCUCUUAUUUUCUUACCAUUUUCCUUCCUUACUACUCAGCUGACAUUUUCUUCUAUGUUUCUUCCUUACUACUCAGCUGUCUUUUCUUACGCUUCAUUAUGAUUCCCUCUUAUUUUCUUACCAUGUUCCUUCUUUACUAG